AAAUUUAUUGCUCGGAUUCCUGCCAGCAUCAGCAGAACCCAGUGCACAGAAAACGAGCCCUCGCACCCCCGUCCUCCGCACCAUUACGACCUAUCCAUCCGCGGACGACUGCUACGAAGAGAUGCACCACCUCCUCCUCCACCUCCUCAACGUGCAAAGGCUAUUGCGACGGAGAAUUCUCAGACUCCAAAUACUCACCACAAGGUUCCACCGAAGGUUCCUCCAAAGCCUGCGCACCUAAAGUCGUCGUCGACAUGUGUUUCCCCACCUCCGUUUGUCUCCGUUACGUCUUCCGACACGAAUUCGAUCGGACAUUCUCUGUCUAAUGGUAGCGUCGCGAGCAACGUUUCAUCGGAAGUAGACAACCGCUCAUAUUCUGAUAAAGAAAAUGCUGCCGCCGCCGCCACUAUCAUUCAAGCGGAUAAACCUAAGGCUAUCACUGAACAAGAACCUGUUCGGGUUCGGUCACAACCGAAGGAAAAAAUGACGGAUGCACAGGUGUUAGAAGAGUUGCGGCAAAUCGUUAAUCAAGGGGAUCCUCUGCAGAAAUACGAGAUAAAACGUCAAAUUGGUUUG